GGGAAAGUCACUUCUCCAUUUGCAGGACUUCUCUAUGGAGAGAGCGAAGGAUUAUUUCAAAAGUAAACAGCUUCCACAAACCAAAUUUGAACGUGGCUAUAAGUAUUUCUGUGACGGCUACAUAAGUAACAUUUUCACAGCUUACAACAUUUCAAGCGAUGAGACUAUGGUUUCUGCCAAAUGUUAUAGAAGUCAGCGGAAAAACAGCCCCCCACAUAAAUUGAGAUUACUUUUGAUAAAUUUAAUGAUCAAAGAAGCUAGUUGCAGUUGUUUGAUAGGGUUGACACAGGCAUGUGGUCACUUGGUUGGUCUGUGUUUUACGCUGGAGCACUUUAUUCUUCGUAAAUAUCAAGAGGUGCCAGACGAAUUGACAUGUACGGAGGUUCUACAAAAAUGGGGUAAACCAAGAGGCAAGUCUGUAGCAUUUGAAUGCGUGAUGGAUGUUUCAAUUCGAAAACCAAGCGAGACACCCAAGAAGAGAGCACCACUUCACUGUACAUUGCAAAAAAUGGCUGAUUUAAAUGAUAAUAUCAUUAACGAUGUGAUUAUCGAGAAAGGUGCUGAAGAAUUGAAAGAAAUUGAUCCACAAAUAGCUGCUUCUUACCUUUUUUCCACCUCUUGUGAAGCGGUUGUGGAUUUACCACUGGGUAUAAGCGCCGAAGUCAAUUCACCAUUAGAAUACCAAAUUAACUGCACAAAUUCUCUAGUACAAGAGGUACAAGAAAUAGUUCCUUCUCACGAAAAGGAUAGUAGUGGUUUUUUGAAAUUUCCAAUACAGAGAGACGACAGAAAAGAUGUUUUUUCGAUACUCCAGAUGAGGCCAGAGCUCAACCACCUUAGUUUGAGCAUAGAAGAAUGUUGGCGGUUGGAAGAAGCUACAAUAAGGAAUCAAGCCAGUUCACAGCUUUGGAGGAAAGAAAGACAGAAACGUUUCACUGCAUCUAAUUUUGGGGAACUAUUAAAACGGCGGAAGACCCCUGAUGACAGGUUUUUAUCACGAAUUUUCAAACCGAAGAACAUUGAUCAUAUUCCCGGCAUAAAACAUGGUAAAACAAACGAAAACGUAGCUCGUGAAAUCUACCAGAAAGCUGAGCCAAGCGUUAGGGUGUUUCCAUCAGGUUUGGUGGUCCAUCCAGCAGCAAAUUUCUUGGACGCUUCGCCAGAUGGCCACUUGGUCGAUAAUAUGGAAGUUGGACAAGAAAAUGGAGUCUUAGAAAUUAAGUGCCCCUUAUGGGAGUCAUUGUCGAAAGGUCUUGAGAACAGAAACUCCUACCUUUUCCUGAACGAAACCACUGCUGGUUACUCGCUAAAACAUGACAGCUCCUAUUAUAGUCAAAUACAAGGGCAAAUGCUCCUUUCGGGAGUGGAAUGGUGCGAUUUUGUAGUGUAUGUGAAGCAAAGCAAUGAGCUGAAUAUCGAAAGAAUUUAUUUUUGUAAGACUUAUUGUGUAGAUCUAUUAAAACAAUUACAGAACAUCUAUGCCUUGUACGCGAUUUCUUUUUUGGAAGAUAUUAAUAAAGAAAUGCCAUGA